UAGUGUAACGGUACUCCACACCCCUUGCCCCCCCCUCUCACUUCCCUUUCCCAUUCACCAUGGAAGAGGUGUGGAAAGACAUUAACCUGGCUACCUUAAAUGAGCAAAGCACCAUUAGUACUCGCCCCAACGUCGAAGGCGUUAUGUUUCAAGACUUUCUGGCUCGACCCUUCACCACCAUUGACCCACCAAACACCACCUUACUUUCCUCUGCCUCUUCAGAAACCGCCGCUAAUUCUCUUUUCUCCCCUGCCUCUCCUGCCCCACCUCUCGUCACUCUCAGCUUGAGCUCUCUCCCUCAUCACCACCACUUCCGUUUCGAACACCCCUCCUCACUCCCUCCUCCACCCUCCAACAAAAGAUUUGCUCAACCUGCUGACCAUUGCAGCACCAUAGGCGACAGAAGAAAUAAGCGCAUGAUCAAGAAUCGCGAGUCCGCUGCACGAUCGCGUGCUAGAAAACAGGAAUAGUAUCUAUCUCGCUUCCUAUUUCUGUAUCAU